GCAGUCCCACACAGUGGUGUCUGAGUGAGAGUCAGAAACCUGACAGGGUCCUGCUCAUGCCCCAGCAAGCAGUGCUUACCUAGCUCUGAGAGAUGAUGAAACUUUGCCUGUCUCUGGUUACUGUGCAGGCAUUGGGAUUAAUCUCUAUCUCCUAUGCUUUAAGGAAGAGACGUCAGUCUGAUUACUGGGGACCCUGGGGAGAGUGGGGAGAGUGCAGCCGGACGUGUGGGAUCGGAGUGACAUUCCGAGAUCGUCACUGUUAUUCUUAUCGGAGGGACGGAGGAAGCAGUUGCAUCGGCCCUUUCCGAAGUUACCGUUCUUGCAACAUUCAGGAUUGUCCAGAGGGUUUGAGAGAUUUCCGGGAGGAGCAGUGUUCUGCCUUUGAUGGAACAGAUUUCCAGGGGAAGCGAUACAAAUGGCUGCCAUACUACGGAGCUGCCAAUAAGUGUGAGCUGAACUGCAUCCCCCAGGGUGAAAACUUUUAUUACCGACACAAGGAGGCGGUGAAGGAUGGGACGUUAUGUGAACCAGGAAGUCGUAACAUCUGUGUUGACGGUGUCUGCAAGACGGUUGGUUGUGACAAUAUGCUGGAAUCAUCACAAGUUGAAGACAAAUGCCUGCAAUGUGGGGGAGAUGGCAGCAGCUGCUACGCAGUCAGGGGGACGUUUACUGCUGCUGACUUGCCUAUAGGUUACAACCAGAUCCACGUCAUUCCCAUUGGGGCUACAAGUAUUCAUAUCCAAGAAGCAGUGCCCACAAGGAACUUCCUCGCAGUCAAGAAUGUGAGAGGCGAAUACUACCUGAACGGUCAUUGGACGAUCGACUACAGCCGGGCCCUGUACAUCGCCAACACGGUCAUCCACUAUGAGAGGGGAACAGAAGGGGACCUGGCCUCAGAGGUCAUCCAUGGCCGAGGACCCACUUCGGAACCCUUGAUACUGGAGAUUAUUAGCCAGGAGCCUAACCAAGGGAUAGAAUAUGAAUAUUAUCUCUCACGAUACCACAAGCAGCCUGAAGGUUACUUCUGGAGUGUUGGCUCAUGGAGUCUGUGCAGCAAGGAAUGUGGAGGAGGCUACCAGACCCGGCUGGUGUUCUGCACCAUUGACAACGAGGCCUACCCGGACUAUCUGUGCAGGGACCAGGUCCGGCCCAGAUCCAACAAAACCUGCAACGCCCAGAGGUGUCCACGGACCAAACAGCUUUCAUUCAUACCCCAACCAAGUGUCUGGACCUCAAGCCAGUGCCUGACGCCGAGAGUUUACAGUUGGAAGACGACAGAGUGGAGUACGUGCUCGGUGACGUGUGGGAGAGGACAGCAGACCAGGUCUGUGUACUGCACCUUGUCGGAGCCAGGUCAAGUGGAGGUGGUUCGGGAUGACUCAGAGUGUGCUGCAGUGACAGCGAAGCCCCUCACACACCAGGCCUGCAACCUACUACAGUGUGCCAGCUGGCAGACCACUGGCUGGACUGAGUGUUCGGUAUCGUGUGGUGAGGGUGUCCAGACGAGGUCAGUCUCCUGCGUGCUGGAGUCGGGAGGCCAGCUUCCAGAUUUUGUCUGCUCAGCUCAGACCAAGCCGCCCGCAGUCCGUGUUUGUCUGCUCAAUCCCUGCACAGACAACUUCUCCUGGUACAUCGGGGCAUGGAGCGCAUGUUCAGUCACGUGCGGAGAGGGCAUACAGAACAGGCCGGUGUCCUGUAUGUCCCACUCAGGUGGGAAAGUGCCGGAUUUUGCAUGCUCUGCUCAGGUGAAGCCCUCAUCCACCCAGUCCUGUGUCUCCAAUGACUGCAGCGAGUUCUUCUCCUGGCAUGUGGGUGCCUGGGGUCUGUGCUCCAAGAGCUGUCAGACAGGAAAGCGGAGACGCCAGGUCAUCUGCUAUGACCAGGAUCGCAAACAUCAGGACCCGGAGAAAUGUGACCCGCGUGCCUAUCCCAGGGAAUUUGAGGAUUGUAACAGCCAGCCUUGCUUCCUGCCUCAAAAGGUGCCCAGCUUUCCAGAUCCAACAGGAUUUAACCCGGACGAGGACUUGUCGGCAUUCCCGAACGCUGGACCUCCUCUGUUUCCUGGAGCCCAUUCUCCGGACUACCUGCCAGAUGGUGGGGAAACCAACCUCCUUCCUGUGCCCCCGGGACCCAGCGGGUGGGAUCUGCCCCAGCUGUACCCGCCAACCUCGGAUUCAGACCCUCCAGGGACCGGCUUCAUCCCUGACCCCUCGAGGACAUGGCUGCCCCUAAUGGGUCCAGACAGUCGGGACUGUCACACCGAACCGUACGGCUGCUGUCCAGAUGGAUACGCCACAGCCACUGGACCAGGGGGACAGGGCUGCCCCACCAUCCCCUGCUACAAGAGCAGGUAUGGCUGCUGCCCUGAUGGAGUGACAUCAGCGAGGGCGUAUGGCCAGGCUGGUUGCCCGACAUUUCCGACCGACAGUUCUCAUAACGAUGACCAGCAGCUUUUUGAGUCACAGGUCACUGUUCGAGACAAUCCAUCGGGUGAAUGUCGGAGCUCCAUGUUUGGUUGUUGUCACGAUGAAUUGACCCCUGCCUUAGGCCCGAGUGGAGAAGGUUGUAGGAGUGGUCCCAGACACCUUUAUCCAGGUCCAUGCUUGCUGCUGAGCGCCGAGGGGCCCUGCUCUGACUGGACAGUCCGAUGGUUCUUCAUCCCAGACGCAGGCCUCUGUAACCGCUUCUGGUAUGGGGGCUGCCAUGGCAACCUGAACAACUUUGAGACAGAGGAGGAGUGUGAGCGUCGUUGUAGGCGGUCGGGUGGCAUGAACAGGCCUGAUGAAAGGACUCCCUGGUGGUCCCCGCACCCAGGACGACAGUCUGAAUCCUCCCUGCCUCCUACAAGGGCUCCAAACAGAGGCUCAGUCCAACUGCAGCCAGAGCGUCCCAUUUACAGGUUAAAUAUCGAAAGGUCAGAUCCUUCUUCAGUGAGUGCCCGGCCAGGACAAACUGUGAGGUUACUGUGCAGGGUGGAUGCAUUCCCAACUCCUCGUAUUGAGUGGUACAAAGAUGGAAGACUGCUAUUUUCAGUAAGACACAGACAGCAGCCUGAUGGAUCAUUGCAAAUCAGCUGGGUCCGGGAACAAGAUGCUGGAUUGUACACGUGUCGAGCAUCAAAUGCUCAUGGUCAGGCGUCCCGCCCGGUUCAGCUGAACAUUCAAGCUGCUGCUCACAUCCGGCCUAGCGUGUCUGUGAUCGAAGCCCAGGUUGGUUUCUCAGCCCAGUUACCGUGUCUGGCUGAAGGAUGGCCAAGAUCCCAGAGGUUCUGGGAGAGAGAUGGUACCCACAUUGGACCGGAGGCACAGCCCCGGCUCACUCAGCUGGAUGACCAGUCUUUACGCUUUACCUCAGUAACACCCAGCGACGCAGGGGAAUACGUCUGUGUCGCCCACAAUACCGCGGGACAGCUGCAAAGGAUGGUGGUGGAACUUAAGGUCAAAGGAGAACUGAAGAUCACAGGACCACCUCAGGAUCUGCGUGUGGCCUUAAGGGGAACAGCAGAGUUCCCAUGUGUGGUAGCUCCUUCCAAUGCUAAUGUACAGUGGACAAGGAAUGGAAUCCCUCUCCGAACAGAUGGGGAGCGUAUGUACAUUUCCCCAGAUGGUACUUUGACUUUGCACAACGUCCAGUUGGAAGAUUCUGGGACUUACACCUGUAACGUGUACAGCGGCUCUCACUCAGUCAGUGCCAGUGCUGAAUUGACCGUGACAUCUCCGGAACCAGAGGUGCACCUGACAGACCAUGAGUCGCAGUGUGUGGAUCAGCCAGAACUGGCUAAUUGUGAUCUGAUAGUACAGGCCAAUCUCUGUUCCAAUCAGUACUAUUCCAGCUUCUGCUGUUCGAGCUGCUCAAAGCCACGGUCGGAGGACCAGACACAGGGCUAAUGGUGGUGCGCACGGGGAGCAGUGGGUCUCAGGUCCAUUUUAUUGGCAGUAGUAUGUAAAGUUGUACUGGAGGAUAUGGAGAAUGCUACCCGACUGAUGUUUGCAAAUUCAGUUCCAGAGAAAAUGACCAGCGUAUCUCUGACUAUACAAGCAAUCAAUCUCACCCUUUUAUUAUCCAAAGCUGUACUCUUUUAAACUAUUGAUAUGUAUAAUAGUUUUAGAAUGACAAGUUAUUGAACAUUCAUAUGAAAACUGUUAAUAUAGAAAAUAUGAUUUUCAAAGAUUCUGAAUAUUGUGAUUUCCAAAGGUGCGUUGUAAGAUGUAUCUGCAUUCAGAUUUUAUUUUUAUGUUCAAAGGCUGGUACUUUUAAAAGCUAAAUAACAGCAUGUUGGAUAAACUUAGUCAAUAAUCAGAUAUAUUUCCAGCUGACCCUAUGUUUAAUGCACUGUCACUCUUUUGAACAGGUGCCAAGUUCUGUACAUAAUAUGAAUACUCAAAUCCACCUACUUUCCCUUUAACCAGAAUCAAAUUUUUCUAUGAAGAUGAUUAUUGGUGUAAAAAAUGUAUAUUGUGCGUUUAUUAAUACAUUUCUGCAAAUAGCAUGUGUCAAUAAAUUAAAUAAUGUGUAUUGAA